CUAAGCUUUAGGGAAUUUUCUGUGUAAUGUACGACUCUUGUGUUCUACCUGGUUGGAGUAUUACCGUGGUUACAGUCACCACUGUGUUCUCUACUGAGGCCAUUUGCAUAUUUUAUGACUGUGGGUGAAAGAGGAGAGCGGAAGCAGGAGAUAGGCACGGGAGUGAGAAAUAAGAGAGAGAUAGACUCUUCGGUGAGGCAUAAAGGCCUGGCAGGUAGAACCUGCUCCGUUCGUAGAAGCCCUAGGAUGUGCUGAUGGGUAAAGACCGCACAGCUUGGAGGGUUUAUUAAGUGGGCCAGUUGCCAUCGCGACACAUUGGCAAGAUAUUGCCAGGAAAAGCCAUAAUGGGUCUCCUGACGCAGUUCUCUCUGCUCCUGUGGAAGAACUUCACUCUCCGGAAGAGACAAAAGGUGCGGCUGGUUGUGGAGCUGCUCUGGCCUCUGUUUCUCUUCUUCAUACUAGUGGGGGUGAGGGCUACCAAUAAGCCAAUUCACAAAGGCCAAUGCCACUACCCAAACAAAGCCAUGCCAUCUGCUGGCGUUCUGCCCUGGCUUCAAGGAAUUAUAUGCAACAUCGACAAUCCAUGUUUGGACCACCCAACGCCAGGGGAGACACCAGGCCAAGUGAAUAACUUCAACAACUCCAUAAUUGCUGGGAUGUUGAUUGAGCUGCAGUCUGUGCUGGCAGACAGGUCGGCUCUCAGUAAGAUGCAGUUGCUGGUAGAUGAUGUUGACCAGUGGACUUCAGUGCUGUCUAAAGCGGAACCUGGAAAAGGGAAUCGGACUGUGAUCCUAAGAAGUAUCCUACAAGACAAUGAAACAUUCAGCGCCCAUCUGACAGAGGGUUUGUCAGUUCCACCAGAUGUAGUUCAAAGCCUCAUGGAUGCGAAGAUUCACCUUAGUUCAACGACGGGCAUCCCAAGGCUUGACAAUGUGAGGAGCAUCUUGUGUGAGGGGACAGAUCUGGAUGACUAUGUCCAAUUUAGCAGCCAAGCUGAGAGGGAGGCUUUUCAAAAUGUCAGCUGCUCCCUCAGUCAACAGCAACUGAUUAAAACUCAGCAAGUCCUUCUACAAAACAUGGAUGUGAGGAAAGUGCUUCCAGAGCUCCUUUCAGCUGCGGACCUGAAUCCAGUGGACACAGAGGCACUAAUGAGAAAAACCAGUGCAGAAUCACUGCCUUUGAUCAUGAAUGUGGUCAGGCUGCGAAACUCCAUGAACUUUAAGGCAGCAGAGUCCCUGGAUUUUCGGGAGGACAUGUUUGGGAGCGUCAACAUGCUGCUCUGUGGGAAGCAGCCUAACUACAACUUCACCAAGAUGACCUCCAGUUUUCCUUCACCUACACAGAUGGCUAACAAUAUGUCAACUUCCAGCAUGGGCAACAGUUCCGAUGCCUUUUGUCAGAUUCUUGUCGACACCCUGGAGGGCACACCUGGUCUGCGCUACAUUUGGAGCACCUUCAAGCCAUUAUUGCAAGGGAAGGUCCUCUAUGCACCUGAUACACCUGCUGCUCGCCUCCUUGUGAAGGAAGCAAACAGCACUUUCAACUCUCUUGCCAUGUUAAAGGAGCUGGCAGAUUCUUGGAAUGAACUUGGCCCACGUGUCUGGGAUUUUCUGCAGAAUAGCCCUCAAGUCAACACGUUGCGGGCUCUGGUGGCAAAUCCCAUAUUUGCAGCUGCCCUCAACCAGCGCCUCGUUGGGUCAGGAUGGACAGCCGAGCAGCUGGAGAACUUCCUGUACAAUGGCGCUCCAGAAGACCGUCCACGCGGCAUGCCACCCUACGACUGGCGGGAUGUUUACAACUCCACCACUGAAAUCCUGAAGUUCCUCUCCAAUUUCCUGAAUUGUCUUGAUCUGAAUAAGUUUGAAGCAGCUGCGACAGAAACCCAUCUGGUGAACAAAGCCUUGGAGCAUCUGAAAAAUGACACAUUCUGGGCUGGAGUUGUCUUUGCGAACCUCCAUCCAAACUCAAGUCACAUCCCUCCUUAUGUGAAGUACAAAAUCCGGAUGGACAUUGAGGAGGUGGAGCGCACCAACAAGGUGAAAUCAAGGUCAUGGUCUCCUGGAGCCAGGGACAAUUCCUUUAACGACCUGCGCUACAUCUGGGGAGGCUUUGCCUACCUGCAGGACAUGAUCGACCACGCAGUUAUACGACUGCAAACAUCAAAGUCUCAGCCGCUUGGUGUCUUCGUCCAGCAAAUCCCAUACCCUUGCUUUGUUGAUGAUGCCUUUAUCCAGAGUAUUGGAGCAAUUCUACCCAUGUUCCUGGUGCUGGCCUUCAUGUACUCUGUGUGCAUGACCAUCAAAAGCCUGGUGCUGGAGAAGGAGCUGCGGCUUAAGGAGGUCCUGCGGGCCGUUGGUGUUCAAAACGGCGCACUCUGGUCCGCCAGGUUCACAGAGAACAUUGUUCUGCUCACAGUUCCAUGUGUGCUCAUAAGUGUCAUGCUCAAGUACGGGAAAGUCCUGCAGUACAGCGACCCCUCAGUGAUCUUUGUCUUCUUGCUGGUCUUCUGUUUGGCCACCAUCUCCCAGUGCUUCCUCAUUAGCGUCUUCUUCUCUAAGGCCAAUUUAGCGGCGGCGUGUGGCGGCCUCAUCUUCUUUCUCCUCUACCUGCCACACAGCCUCUGCUACGCCUGGAGGGACGUCAUGGGUUUCGGGGCCAAGGUGGCUGUGAGUUUACUGUCAUGUGUUGCCUUUGGUUAUGGGUGCGAGAACUUUUCCCAAUAUGAGGAGCAAGGCAUCGGUAUACAGUGGCACAACAUUAUCAGGAGUCCCCAGGAGGGGGAUCAAUACACCUUCAUUGUCUCCAUCGCCAUGAUGCUCGUUGACGCCGUCUUAUACUGGGUGCUAACAUGGUACAUUGAAAAUGUCUUCCCAGGUCAGUAUGGGAUUCCGAAGCCAUGGUACUUCCUGUUCACUUCCUCUUACUGGUGUGGAAUGACACCAGGAGCUGAAAACAUCCCCGAUCUGCUGACAGACUCUGGGGCACACAUUGGAUAUUUUGAAAGACCGCCUCCCAGUGUGAAAGCGGGAGUGUCGAUUCGCAAUCUUGUCAAAAUCUACAAGACUGGGAAGAAACUGGCGGUGGACGGCCUGAGCGUGGACUUCUACGAGAAUCAGAUCACAUCAUUUUUGGGCCACAAUGGAGCUGGAAAAACAACCACAAUGUCUAUUCUGACAGGGCUGUUCCCACCUACAUCAGGAACAGCCCUCAUCCAUGGAUACGACAUCCGCACCGACAUAGACAGCAUUAGGAAGUAUUUGGGAAUGUGUCCGCAGCAUAAUGUUCUAUUUAAUGAACUCACUGUGGAGGAGCACAUCUACUUCUACGCCAGGUUGAAGGGACGUAGUCGCAGGGAGGUUGACUCUGAGAUAGACCAGAUGAUUAAAGAUGUUGGUUUACCACACAAGCGUAAGGAUCUUGCUAAGAACCUAUCAGGUGGAAUGCAGCGAAAACUCUCUGUGGCAAUAGCCUUUGUUGGCGGUUCAAAGAUUGUCAUCCUAGAUGAACCGACAGCAGGAGUAGACCCUUACGCUCGCCGGGGGAUUUGGGAACUACUGCUAAAGUACAAACAAGGCCGCACCAUUAUUUUGUCAACACACCAUAUGGACGAGGCAGACAUCUUAGGAGACCGCAUAGCCAUCAUCUCUCAAGGAAAGAUGCGAUGCUGCGGCUCCUCGCUCUUCCUGAAGAAGUGUUUCGGCAGUGGCUACUACCUGACUCUGGUCAGAGAUGAGACGGAAAAGAUGACCAAUCAACAUAAAAAUAUCACACAAAGUCUGUCCAAGGAGGAACAUAUGGAGACAGCCCGUCCUUCCAUGGAUAGUCCAGAUGACGGCUUCGGCAGUCAAACAUGGGACAAUUCUGACCGUACAGCAGAUCUUGCUGCCGUGUCUCAGCUUGUGCGCCACCAUGUACCAGAAGCUGUGUUUUUGGAGAGCAUCGGUCAGGAGAUCACCUUCAUCCUGCCCUACAGUGGAGCCAGAGACGGGACCUUCGCCACACUCUUCCACAAGCUUGAUCUUGCAAUGGCUGACCUUGGCCUGACCAGCUAUGGCAUCUCUGACACCACACUGGAGGAGAUAUUUCUGAAAGUGGCAGAAGAAACCGGCGUGGAUACAGAAAUGCCAUCAGCAAAGGAGCCAUUGGUUAGAGACUGGAAAAGAAGCUCCCGCGAAUCUAAAAGAAACAGCGUUGCCAGCAUCCGCGCCAAAUCAGAGCACAACGGGAUGAGAGAUGUUAAAGAAAAAUUUUUAAAUAAAGUUGAAGAUUAUAAGAAAAGUACCAGCCUGAAUGGAAGAGGAUCCACGGUCAUCACCGGUUGGAAACUGAUCAGAACGCAGUUUCUGGCUCUCUUCAUCAAGCGCUUCCACCACGCCCGGAGGAGCCGCAAGGGACUCAUUGCGCAGGUGGUCUUGCCUGCUUUCUUCGUGUGCCUAUCUCUGAUCUUCUCCCUCAUCGUUCCACCAUUCAGAGAAUAUCCAAGUCUGGAGCUGCAGCCAUGGAUGUACAGUCUUCCCCAAACCACAUUUUAUAGCAAUGACAUGUCUGAAAAUCUGGAGGUGUCAAAGGUGACAGAAACUUUACUGAACAACCCUGGUUUUGGGACACGUUGUAUGCAUGGAGAUCCGAUACCAGGUUUACCGUGUUCGCCAACUUACUCUGAUUGGACCAUUCCAUCUGUGGAUCAGUCAAUCAAAGACAUCUUCCUCAACGGGAACUGGAGCAUGGCUAACCCUUCUCCUUCCUGCCAAUGCAGCACUCCUAAACGGACGAUUAUGUUACCCGACUGUCCACCCGGAGCGGGAGGUCUCCCUCCACCACAGAGAGUACAGAACACAACAGAAACUCUGCUGGAUUUAACUGGACGGAACAUAACAGACUUUUUGAUCAAGACUUUUGAGGACUUCGGAAAAAAAAGGUAUGGAGGCAUUUCUGUGGGAGCAGUAAACUCACAAGUCCGUCUAACUGAGGCAGAGGUCGAGGAUGUCUUCAGGGGUUUGAAAAAUCUUUUGAACUCAUCUCAGGAUAACGUCACUGAUCAGACCCUGCAGAGAGCCGAGAUGGUGCUGAAGAAGCUUGGAACUAGGCACAAUGUCAAGGUGUGGUUCUACAAUCAGGCUUGGCAUGGGAUGGUGUCCUUCCUUAGUGUGGCCAACAACGGCAUCCUGAGAGGAAAUCUUCCUAAGGGAGAGGAUCCACGCCACCAUGGCAUCUCCAUUUCUAAUCACCCCCUAAAUCUCACCAAGGAGCAGCUCUCCUCAGCAGCCAUGGCGACGACCUCUACAGACGUGGUGGUGUCCAUCUGUGUUAUUUUCGCCAUGUCCUUCAUCCCUGCCAGCUUUGUCCUCUUCCUAAUCCAGGAGAGGGUGAGCAAAGCCAAGCAUCUGCAAUUUGUCAGCGGUGUAAACCCGACCGUCUACUGGUUAACCAAUUUCGUCUGGGAUAUGUGUAACUACAUCGUGCCCUGUUUCAUCGUGAUUGUGAUCUUCCUCUGUUUUCAACAAAAAGCCUACGUUUCACCUCCGAAUCUGCCCGCUUUGAUAUUGCUGCUAAUUUUUUAUGGAUGGGCCAUCACACCCAUGAUGUACCCAGCCUCCUUCGUCUUCAGCGUUCCCAGCACAGCUUACGUGGUGUUGACCUGCAUCAACCUCUUCAUUGGCAUCAACGGCAGUGUGGCCACCUUCAUCAUGGAGCUCAUUGAUGAUGAUAACAUAUCCCACAUUAAUGACAUAGUGAAGCAGGUGCUUCUGAUAUUCCCACAUUUCUGUCUGGGCAGAGGUCUUAUUGACAUGGCCAAGAACCAGGCAAUGGCAACACUUUUCAUCAAUUUUGGGGAAGAUCGUUUUAAGGAUCCACUGAGCUGGGAGAUGGUGGGAAAAAAUCUCCUUGCCAUGUCUAUUCAAGGAGCUGUGAUGUUCAUCACUACCAUUCUCAUCCAGUACAAGUUCUUCUGCAAACCGAGGCUUAUAUCACCAAAGCAGGCGGCUACAGAGGAGGAGGACGUUGACGUUGCCCGGGAACGCCAGAGAGUGUAUGAAGGCAGAGCUCAGAAUGACCUGUUGAGGAUCUGUGACCUCACAAAGGUAUACCCUGGGAAGAGCACCCCUGCUGUGGACCGGCUAUGCGUGGGCGUGCCUGCUGCAGAGUGUUUCGGCUUGCUGGGGAUCAACGGCGCUGGGAAAACCACGACAUUCAAGAUGCUGACGGGAGACAUCCCAGUCUCCAGCGGAGAGGCCUUUCUAAACGGAUACAGCAUACGGACAGAAAUGGGACUUGUUCACCAGAACAUGGGUUACUGUCCCCAGUUUGACGCCAUUGAUGACCUUUUGACUGGACAAGAGCAUCUGGAGUUUUACGCUCGGUUAAGAGGGGUACCAGAAGGAGAGGUUGCCAUGGUGGCCGAGUGGGGGAUUCAGAAGUUGGGGCUGAUCAAGUACGCCAACAAGUCAGCAGGAACCUACAGCGGUGGGAACAAACGUAAACUAUCCACAGCGAUGGCCUUGAUCGGGUGUCCGCCCGUGGUUUUCUUGGAUGAGCCAACCACCGGGAUGGACCCCAAAGCCAGACGCUUCCUUUGGGACUGCAUCCUGAGUGUCAUCAAAGAGGGACGCUCAGUCAUUCUCACAUCGCACAGCAUGGAGGAGUGUGAAGCACUGUGCACUCGCAUGGCCAUCAUGGUAAACGGUCGCUUCAAAUGCCUUGGAAGCAUCCAGCAUCUGAAAAGCAGAUUUGGCGAUGGCUACACGGUGAUUGUGCGUGUCGGCGGCUCCCCUCCUGCCCUCCAACCAGUUGAGGAGUUUGUCCAGCUGACUUUCCCAGAAAGCAUCCUAAAGGAGAAACACCACAACACACUCCAGUACCAACUCCCAUACACACAGGGAGCUUUGGCCAACAUCUUCAGCCAGUUCACCAGUAACCAGCAGAGGCUGGGCGUGGAGGACUACUCUGUGUCCCAGACAACUCUGGAUCAGGUCUUUGUGAACUUUGCACGCCACCAGCAUGGGGAGGACGACUCUCGGGCCUACAGCAACCCAGUCGACGUCACAGACGAGCUGCCACUGAGGUCGCUGCAGGCCUCCCGAGAAGCGGAGAACGCCUAAUGGAGAAAUCUAUGUAUUGUACCUGAACGAAUCGGCAAUAAGUCUCGAAAAAUUGUUUCUAUUGGCACCAACACAAUAAUUGGAUUCUUCGCAACUACUACUCAGAUUUUUUUUCUGUGAAAUCAGGCUUCCUGUAGGCACGUAUAGAAAAAUCAUGAUCAGGGUUUUUGUAAUUUAUUUAUUUCAACAUUUUAUUGCAAUUUGACGUUUGAAAAUCUCCUCUGUGUUUCUAGAUUUGUGUGAAAAACUGAACAGUUGCUCUAAUACUGGUACUUGCAGGGAAGGCGUUGCUUCUUUCUUUAUCAAAAUGAAUUACCUUUUUAGUGCGUUUACAGUAGAAUAGUUUUGAAGUAUUUUCUAAACUUGUGUUCAACUGUGAAAAGAAUAUUGGUAAAAAAAAAUACUCUACUGGCUCUUUAAAACCGUGUACAUUUAAAAGUUUUGUGCUGUAUUUUUAGUUCAUGGGUAGAUGAACUUUCUUUUUCAAAGGUUUACAGACCGAAAAGAAAGCGGUCUGUUUUGAUAUUUGUUGCUGAUCAUUACAUACCUCAGGCCGGGUCUUCGGGGCGAAUCUUCCAGCUUAUCUAUAGAUAAUUGCACGGCAUCUGGGACACGUGUAUCGUCUGUUUACAUUUGAGAGAAUGUAAUUCUAUUGGUUGUGUUGCAAGCACCAUGUGGGAAUGUUGAAGCGACACAAUCGCCCGCAUGCGCAGCAGCUUUAUUUGCUGACAGGCACUCCAGUGAUAACUUUCAGACAACAAAUAACAUCUGCGGAAUGCAUUUGCAUUGAACGUCUGAACAUUUUCAGUUAAUUAGAGGCAUGUUGAAGGACUGACUCUGAGGUUACUGCAAAGUCAAGUAGGUGUCAACAUGUUAGUUAUUUAAAGAGGACGACUUAUCCUUUGUGUGCCUUUACACACAGCACUUUUCAAAGCGCUCCAUGCUGCACUGGAUGCAGCAGUCAUUCAUAAGUAAGUGGCCAAAAUGUUUUUAUGAAGUCAUCUGAAGAUGUAUAUGGCUGUGUGAGCCUUAAAAGGUUGAACUUUGUUUUAAUUUAUUCCUUCACUAAUUACUUCUGUUAUAUUGAUUUAUGUUUGUUUUAUGUUUUUAAAAGGAUAUUCUAGUUUAAGUGUCAGAUGGACAUUUUCACAAUCAUGCCCAGACAAUGUGUGAAACAAAAAAAUGUAUAGUAAAAAUGUGUCAUUAUAUGUGCACUUUAAACAUCAACAGUUUAAUAUUUCUAUAAGACAAUCUGUUGAUUCUAAUACAAUGCUUUAUGUCAAAAUAAAA